AUGCAAUCCACGAGACGUCUUCUCUCUUUUCAGGUGAAACGGGCUGAGCUUUCGUCCAUAAAUAUGAUGGACAUGAUGGACAUCGACAGAGCUGGGAGUCAUUCUUGUAAAAUUCUCAAUUAUGUUACCGGACUGGGAAAUUCAACCACCUGUACCUUCAACUGCGAGAACACUCUGCUCAUCACUUCGGGCGCAAACUGUCUCUUUCUUGUAUGGAGCACCCAGACGGGCCAUCUCCUCAAGGUGGCCACGCAGGGCACGGCAGAGAGCCUGUUCGGCGGUAUCACCAUUCCCGCUGCCUUCGUAGAGACGUCCCCUACAGGGCCACACAGUGGCGAGGAGGUCCGAUUCGGCGAAAGUAACCCCGAACUACACGAUUUGUUCGGCCUAGGCAGUACAGCCGGAGGCAUCGGAAGCAAUAGUCUAGCAACGACAGGUAGCAUGGGCGUAGAAUCUCUGCUGAUCGUCUGCCAUUUUCCCGAUGAAAGUGCGCCCAAUCAGGGCAGUACAUCGGAUCAACGCAUGUUCAUCACCUGUAAACUCUACCACCUGGACGCAAUGACCCGACCCGAUGACGAUCUUCUUCGACUCGGCGCUUGCCCUCAUGACCCCGAGGAUCCUGACACCGUGAUUGUGAAAACGAGACCGUCGACUUUUGACGAUUUUGAUCCACUUGCGCCGAUCGUCUUUUUGCCGGCGCAAAUCUCUCUUGAAUACGUCCACUUUGAUGCUAUAAGCAGCCAAGUUUUGGUGCAUUGCAAGCGUUAUGAAGCCUACGAUCCGGACAGUCUCUUGCUCUGCGACAUCGAUGAGCCCGCCACCCAACCGAUACAUAUUUGGUCCGGUAAGUCGACACCAAACGCCCAGAAUCUGGGUGCCUUCAUCACCACGGACACCAUUCCCAACUGGCUGGAAGCUGUUUUCUCUGGCCCUGGUGAGCCGGUCACCAGAGCCUAUCGGCACAGUAGUCAGUCGAAAUUGUUGGCCAUCAGCCUCUUUCGCACAACGCCAGACGAUGGCAGCUCAGAUGGGCCCAUCUUUCUGCAAACCUUUCUGGAUCCCCAAAAAAUUGAGGACUAUAUGCCCAACUUGGCGAUCCCACUCCCCUCGGGCGGUGGAUAUCUGAAGGAGUUCGGCAUCUUCUCGCCGACCCACGGAAUGCUGGUGUUGGUGCAUCUGGACGUCUCGAAGGCCUACACGUUGACUCUGCGUCUGAUCGUCUUCCCCCCGGACGGCAGACCACAGGCCGUUGUCGACGUUUGGGGCGGCGUUGAGUGGUCUUUGGCUGGCAUCGACAAAUCCGUCCAGAAAGUGGCCAAAAGGGUGGGCCUAACUCGCUCCGUGGGCCAUCUGACCCCGGCUCUGUUUGAGUUUCGCGGACCAGCCCACCCCAGUCAUAUACUUGUCGGACUGACUGAGUCCCACUUCAACAUGUACUCAGUUACCCAAAACAACGGCCAACUGGUGCUCUGGCUAGGGGCCAUGCUGAUAAUAGAUCUGGGAUAUCCGGAAGUACCGCCGGACGACCCUCGAAUGGCAGACAGAGCCAACUUUCCUUGCCUCCUAAACGUGGUUCCGAUGGACUUUGGGCCUCAGAUCUGUAUCAUGCCGGACCGUGAACACUUGGUCAACUAUCGACUGCACAUCUACCGCCUGGAAACUGGCGAGUUGGUGCGAGAUUUGGCCGGAGAGCUCAACUUCCCAGUGGCAGACUCCGGUCUUUUGGAACGGUUGAAGAUGGCAUUUCACGCUGUCACUGAGCAGGAGCCCAAGUCAAUACGUGUAGCUGGGCCUUCCGUGAAGCCGUCACAGACGUCGUGGGGGGGAGAUGAAGAGGAUGAAGAGGAUGAGGCCUCGGGUCCUGAAGACCUGGAGGCCAAAGAUGCCGUACAGCUCGAGGAGGAAGAGAGGCUCAGCCUCGAGCGUCAGGAGGUGGGCAAGGAUUGUCUCUACCUGCAGCAGAUGCGCCUGGCUCUGGAUGGCCGCAUUCUGUUGGCCAAACGGCAUCAUCCCGAAAUGCUCAUUCAGUUGAAUCUGUUCACAUCGGAGCCCCACAGCUCGUCGUCUUCCUUGAUGGAAGACGAAUUCGGCGCUGCUCCACCGCGUGUUUUGAUGGCGUUUGACCUUCAACGAGGCGUGCAAAGGGCCAGCUACUUUUUUGAGAAUGAACCCUACACAAUUUGGCUGAGCCGUACCGGAAAAACCUUGGUUAUCGCCACUCCCUAUGAGUAUAUGCUCGGUAUGGACAUUUAUCUAGUCCCGGAAGAAGACGAACAAGAAAGUGGAGCAGGCAGAAUAGGACUUUUUGCCAACAUCUUUCCAAGCGAUGAGGAGGAAGAAGAGGCUUGCCAGUCUCAACGUAAGUUGAUCAUGUGA